AUGAAGAGCCUUUUUUUGUCCCUCUUACUUGUCUGUGUUCUGGUUAUGAACAGCUUCUCAGAAGUGCAGGGAAGGAAAUGGAAAGGCGAAGGUACAACAGAACACCUGGAAAGUAUUGUCAUUGGAAGAUGCUAUGAUUAUAUUAAAACUAUGAAUCCUACUGUUGGUGAGAAGAAUUGUUCAGAAAUCUGGGAAGCGUUUAAAAAUGCAUUUAUUAACAAGGAUCCUUGCAGCAUUCUACCUGAGGACUACGAAUUAUUUAUCAACCUGUCAUUGCACGCAAUUCCACCUAACAAGUCUCUCUUCUGGGAAAAUAAUCAGCUGCUAGUCAAUAGCUUUGCUGACAGAGGCCAUCGCUACAUGUCUGUGGGUGACACCCUGUUUGGCUACUUUGCAGACUUUCUAAACUGGUGUGGACAGGCAAACAGCACUGAACUGGACUAUGAAUCUUGCCCUACCACGGAAGAAUGUGAAAACAAUCCAGUGGAAUCUUUCUGGAGGAUGGCAUCUAUCACUUAUGCGCAGCAGAGUUCUGGGGUGAUACACGUCUUGUUGAAUGGUUCUGCAGCUGGAGGAGCUUAUCCAGUGCCAGGUUUUUUUGCAGAUUAUGAAAUACCUAAUCUCCAGAAAGACAAAAUCACACAAAUUGUAAUCUGGGUUGUGGAUGAUAUUGAAGGACCAGAUAUAGAUUCUUGUGGAAUUCAUACUGUAAAGAUAUUAGAAAACAGGCUGACAACCCUUGGUUAUGAUGUCACCUGCACUGACAAUUACAAGCCUGUAGUGUUCUUACUCUGUCUGGAUUAUCCUGAUGAUUCUAAGUGCAUCCUUUCAUCAUCUGCACCAGCAGCACAAAGAGGACUCCUAUCUUCAGACAGAGGAGGCAGCUGGAACAAGCUCAUGUUUGUUUCUUUUGCAGUCUUUUUGUUCAGAUUUGCUUUAGUGUAUUAA